AUGUCAGAUCUUGCAUCACAGCUCGAUGCAAUUGAGAAGAUUUCGACUCAUGCACAGAAAAUCGAUGAGUACAAGAAGUUGGCUGAAAAACUAUUUGCAAAUCCGUGCAUGGAUUCCUUGCAUUUCUUUUUGUCACGAAUGGCUGAGGACCCACCGCCUUCGGGAGAGGCUGUUCCGACCAUGAUCUCCCGUCAGGUUCUCCAGGACUUUGUGAAUUUCGUGUUUACGUGCAAUACGUUGACUCCGGCGCAGAAGAAAGAGCUUGGGAAUCUGUGUUUGGCAAAACUGAAAGCUAGAUUAUCUUCCUUUGAGGAACAAUUCAGCAUGGCCAGUGAACACAUGGCCGAUAUUCUGCAGGGUGAGGAAGACUGGAAGGGUGCGGCAGACGUGCUCUCUCAGAUCCCGCUCACAUCGAGCCAGAGAAACAUAUCCGAUGAGUAUAAGGCAAAGAUGUAUGUUCGCAUCGCCAUGUUGUACCUGGAGGACGACAAUGAGAUUUCUGCGGAAGCCUUCGUCCACCGCUCUCACAACAUCAUCGGCAAACCGGAUUUCACGAACUUGCAAGUCAAGUUCCAGCAUCAGGCUUGCCGUGCCAGGAUCUACGAUGCGAAGCGCAAGUUUCUGGAUGCGGCGAGGCAUUACUACGAGCUGUCUCAGGUUGGAAAGGCCACGGUCCUUGCAGUGAUGGGCGAGGAAGCAGCAAAACUUUCAAACAUUGACGAGAUGAUAGAAACACAGAACUUAGAUGCGCUGAACAAGGCUGCGAUCUGUGUUGUCCUUGCUCCUGCUGGCCCUGAUCGCUCUCGAACGCUGGCGAUGCUGUACAAGGAUGAGAGGACAUCCAAGGUCAAGACCUUCAACAUGCUGCAGAAGAUCUACCUUGAACGCGUUGUCCGUGCGCCUGAGAUCGAAGAGUUCCAGAAAGAGUUGAGACCGCACCAGAUGGCUGAAACCUCAGACGGCUUCACAGUGCUGCAGAAGGCGAUGAUUGAGCAUAACUUGUUUGCAGCUGCAAAGAUGUACAAGAAUAUCACGUUCAAAGAACUUGGAUUCUUCCUGCAUGUUGACCCUGACAAGGCCGAGAAGAUAGCUCGAGACAUGAUUCUGGAGGAUCGCAUUGGAGGCAACAUCGACCAGAUAGACGGAAUGAUAUACUUCGAGCAUGGUUCCGACGCGAUCAAGAAUUGGGAUAGCGAGAUCGCUGGAGCUUGCAUGGCCGUCAACGAAAUCACGCAGUACAUUGCAGAUCAUCAUCCUGAUUUCGUCUUACCCGUUGAGUAG